AUGAUAAAACAUAUAAAUACUCUCUUGGAAAAUGACAUGGAGAUUCUGGAAGAGUUCUGGACAUUAGAAAUUGCUGGAGGAGAUAGAGAAGAAUGCGACGAGGAAAUGGACUUUGGAGAUGAUGGCGACGAUAAGGAACAGCAGUGCUCGUCGCAACGAUCGCCUCCCUCUCUUUCGAGUUCAUCGCUGGUGUUCCUGUUCCGCUUAUGCCACGGUGGUGGCCAUUUGUGUGCUGCAGGUGCGCGGUUGCCGGCAGAAGCUCCGGACUGGCCGAAAGACUGGCCCAGCGUGCUUCCCUUCCAUGGACGCAUCAUCGGCGGACAGCCAGCCAAUGACGGGGAAUAUCCCAGCCAGGUGUCGCUGCAGGUGGACGGCGGCCAUUACUGCGGUGGAUCUGUCAUCAACGACCAGUGGGUCCUCACGGCCGCCCACUGCGUGGUGGGACUGACGGCGGCUGACAUGCAGGUCCUGGCGGGCAGCAACCAGCUGAGCGCGGGCGGCAGCCGCCACCAGGCGGUGCGCCUGCUGCCGCACCCCGCCUACAACAGCACCGACAACAUGAAGAACGACGUCGCCCUCGUCCAGGUAUCCCCGCUGUUUGAGCUGGAUGGCGUGAAGAUUAGUCCAGUCAACCUCCCGGAGCAAGGGGAAAGCACGCCAGACAACGUAAACGCCACGGUCAUAGGCUGGGGGCUCAUCUAUGGCCCCGAAGACCCGACAGCUUCCGACGUGCUGAUGGAAGUUCAGCUGCAGACGGUGAGCCUGGCGCGUUGCCGCGAGGUCUACAUCGCGCUCUGGGGCAAUGGCACCGUCCACGACUCGCAGAUCUGCGCCGGAGUCCCCGACGGCGGCAAGGGAUCCUGCAACGGCGACUCUGGCGGCCCGCUGUUCGUGGAUGGAGAGGUGGUGGGCCUCGUGUCGUACGCAUACGGCUGUGCCCGUCGAGGCUACCCCACCAUCUACACCAGGGUCUCCUCCUACAUAGACUGGAUCUCCGGCAAUGUCAACUAG